UCCUCCCAGCAGGACUUAGUUUGUGGUUCAGUCGACUAUUUUCAAUAGCGUCAAAUAUCUUCUUUCCUCUUUGGCUGCAAUUUUUUAAUUUUUGGGGUAGCAUGCUUCCCUGGAAAUAUUUAGGCAACUACUUUCGGAUUCCCACGUUAUAGAACAUUAUAAACAAACAAUUGCGAAGCAAAAGCAAAUCUCACCGCAGCAGAAUUACAUAAGAGAGUGAAAAAUGUCUUUGACAGGUCUUAAAAUGUGUGAAGAGGUAUGGCUCACAUGCCUCACGCAUGCCCUCUCUACCGAAACAGAGGAGGUCAUGGGCCUUUUGUUCGGAGACAUCGAGGUGAGUUAAGUUAUCGGCUCAAACCUCAUUGGGGUGCUGAGCAAGCUGGCAAAUAUUGUAUUUGAGCAAUGGGAGUGCCACUGCACUUGUUUGGGGUGCAGCUCCUCAGACCCGUUCUGACCGCCGGAAGGACCGUGUUGAGACAAAUCCUGAGCAGUUAGCAACAGCAUCUGCCCAAGCUGAGAAAAUGUCAACUGCAAUGGGAAGAACAACCAGAGUGAUUGGGUGGUACCAUUCACAUCCUCACAUUACUGUUCUUCCUUCACAUGUUGAUGUUCGAACACAAGGAAUGUAUCAAUUGCUAGAUCCGGGGUUUAUUGGUGUGAUAUUUUCUUGUUUCAGUGAAGAUGCCCAGAAGGUUGGUAGGAUUCAAGUUAUAGCUUUUCAGGCCCUUGAUGGGAAGCAAAGAAGCCUGACAAGACUUCCUAUUCAAGUAGCUCCAUUGCAAGUUGUUGCUGGUUUAGAAUCCGAGUCUGGAAGAACUAAGUCAGGAAGCCCUAUCCCAAAAUCAACUCCUAUACGACCAGAGAUCAUUGAUUUAGACCCUCUGAAUCCAAAGGCAUCAGUCAGUGCUGCUAAGAUUACAGACAAAACACAAACUGCUUUGGACAAAUUCUUUGAUCAUGCUGAUGCUGAAAUAUCUGGUAGAAGGGACACAAUGGCUCAAGAUUCAACCAUGCCUUAUCACAGUGGCAGUGGGAAAAUUAAAAAUGAUGAUUUGGAUUCAAUGGAUUUGACUUCCAGGAUGCAGGAGGCUGUCCAUCGAUCACAUUUGGAUAUUAGUGGUGCGGAAUAUGUUAGGAAAGAGGUUCCUUUGCAAGUUGUCCCUGGCCAUUCUAUUGCUAAAGUUGAUUUUUCUUUAAGUUCAUUUGUUGAUUUACAGCACAUUCUCUUUACAGAGGAAAAAGCUGCUUAUAACCAAGCUAUGUCACACAGUAUGAGGGAUGGUAAAAUUCAUCCCCUUGCGGCUAUCCAUCAUUCGUCACAGUACCAGUCAUCAAUGUGCAAGCUGAUGGAGUACUGUUUAUCUCCAGUUAUUAGUUCUCUGUGGGAUCGUCUGGAGGAGAACACACUAAGGCUCGCACAGCUGCAAGAAGAAGCUGUUUCAUUAGAACUUGAAGUUAUCAGCAAAGGCAACAUUAAUGUCUCCUCUCCAAGACGUUCUUCAAAUAGGGGUGCAGUAUAUACUGGAUCCCUGGAGCCUAAACCUUCAACAGGUUCACCAUCAAAUGUUAGAGGCUCCAGUUCUAUGGGUAGUGUAAUUCCACGUCAAAGCUCAACUCGGCAUUGAGAUACAAUUUAUCCAUUAUAAUAAUAAUAAUAAUCAGAAAUGGAUUGAGUUUGUUCUAAGUAAUCUUUUGGUGUGCAGAAAUUACUAUGCGGUUUAGUGUAUCAUGUAUUUACUCGAGUCAUUGUGGCAUUAGAAACAUUAUGUUUCUUAUGAACAGCUUGUAAUUAUGUUGUUUUUGUACAGCUUAUAAUCUCAAUCUUUUCGAGUCAUCAUAGGUUAUACGAUGACAGUGAUAAGAGCUUUUAUUUUUGUAUGCCAUCAGCCUUGUAAGAAGAUUUCUCCUUGCAGCAAUAUUUAGUUGCAAACGGAAUCAACUAGAUCUA